CUUCCCCUCUAAAGAUAUAUGGAGGAAUUGAACCGGGGGAGACUAGCCAGGCACAGCAAACAGCAGUGCUUGGACCUACCACGCUUUGAUUUGUAGCUUUAUAGCCCCUUAUUACCCUAGUGAAAUGAAGAUUUUGUCACCUUUUUGUCGGGCUGUAAAUGCCAUAUGUAACCGGCAAGCUGGCCGAAGAACUCUUCUGUCACAGUGCGGAAUGUGCGGAGCUGCUUCUGACAGUAAGCACCAGCCAGGCUUUGGUCUCCUGUUUGAUAUCGACGGUGUCCUGGUUAGGGGAAGGACACCCAUUCCCGCAGCAAAGAAGGCUUUCCAGAAACUGGUGAACCCUCAGGGACAGUUUGUGGUGCCUGUGGUUUUUGUCACAAAUGCUGGGAAUGUUCUGCGACAGACAAAAGCCGACCAGCUGUCACACAUCCUGGGAGUGCCUAUCUCCCAGGAUCAGGUCAUGAUGUCACACAGCCCUCUGAGGAUGUUCAGGAAGUACCAUGAGAAGUGUGUGUUGGUGUCAGGACAGGGCCCUGUUCUGGACAUUGCCAAGAAUCUGGGCUUUGUGAAGGUGGUCAGCAUUGACAUGCUGCGUGAAGCUUUCCCCUUGCUGGAUAUGGUGGACCACAACAGGCGCCCCAAACUGCCGUCCUCUGCCAUUGCUAACCUCCCCAAAAUUGAAGCGGUUAUUCUCUUUGGGGAGCCUAUUCGAUGGGAGACAAAUCUGCAGCUGAUUAUUGACACUCUUUUGACCAGUGGGAACCUGAGCACUGCCCACCAGAACCUGAAGUUCCCCCAUCUGCCUCUUCUGGCCUGCAACAUGGAUCUCAUGUGGAUGGCUGAGGCACACUCUCCACGGUUUGGCCAUGGUACCUUCCUGGUUUGUCUUGAGAACAUCUACAAGAAGAUAACAGGGGAAGACUUGAAGUACGAAGCGCUAAUGGGCAAACCCAGUGAAUUGACCUACCACUAUGCUGAGUACCUGAUCAGAGAACAGGCUGCAGAGAGGGGCUGGAGAAUUCCUGUGAGGUCUCUGUAUGCCAUUGGGGAUAACCUCAUGACUGACAUCUAUGGUGCUAACCUGUACAACCGCUACCUCGAAGAGAGGACUGCUAGAAAGAGCAAGGCAGUAGCGAAGGUGGCAGCUGGCACGAGGUCCUCCACAGCACUGCCCCAGGAGGAGGACAUGGACAAUGUCUGGGAGAGUGAGCUGGCGCCCCCUUCUGCCACCUCCUGCAAGUCCAUCCUGGUGUGCACCGGUGUCUACAACCCGCGUACAGAGGUGCCGCCCGAUGCCAGUCAGGCCAUCAAAGAGACUGUGUUUCACGGGCACCGCGAUUUCCGCUUCGACCCCGCGCUGGUAGAACCGGGCCACAUUGUCCAGGAUGUGGACGCAGCUGUAGAACUCAUCUUUGAACGUGAGAAGUUUCCGAUCCAGUAACACUGAGGAGGGCAUUCAGAUCAUCUUCAGAUGAAGGUGGAAAUCAUUUCAGAACCUCUCAUCAAUAUCUUGAAAUGAGAAAAAAAAAAGCCUGUACAUCAAAUUGUGUUUGUGUGUGCACAUCCAGGUGGGUGAUUUUAAAAUUAUGCAAAAAUCAGAAGGAUUAUCUAAAUGUGAGAUUUCAGGGCAUUGAAGCAACUCCGUAAAGUUCAUGGGCAACUUUUUAAAGGUGUACUUAAAUGCAGUGGUGCAAUUUAGAUACGUAGUAAAUGCUAUGCUCUGUAACGAGUUUUAAUUCCAUCCUAAGUAAGUGGUUAAUGUUAUGUGGUUCAUUCAGUCAAGCAAAUAAGGACACCUCCGAGUGCAUGAUUUUGUGAUACCCUAAUCAGUCAGGUCCAAAAAUGUU